CGCGUGCGCGCUGCCGUGGCAGGCCAGCGCUGGGCAGGCGGUGCGGAGGGACCGAGCCUCGGGCCGCGCCGCGCCCGCAGCAGGAAUCAUGACGACCUCAGGCAAAGAGAAUUUCCGGCUGAAGAGCUACAAGAACAAGUCUCUAAACCCUGAUGAGAUGCGUCGCAGGCGGGAGGAAGAGGGCCUUCAGCUACGGAAGCAAAAGAGGGAGGAACAGUUGUUCAAACGCCGAAAUGUUGCAACAGCUGAGGAAGAAGCGGAGGAAGAGGUCAUGUCUGAUGGUGGCUUCCACGAGGCUCAGAUGAACAACAUGGAGAUGACUUCUAGUGCAGUCAUCACCUCUGAUAUGAUUGAGAUGAUUUUCUCCAAUAGCCCAGAACAGCAGCUUUCUGCCACCCAGAAGUUCCGAAAGCUUCUUUCUAAAGAGCCAAAUCCCCCAAUAGAUGAAGUUAUAAGCACACCAGGAGUGGUGGCCAGGUUUGUGGAGUUCCUCAAGCGGAAAGAAAACUGCACGUUACAGUUUGAAGCUGCCUGGGUCCUGACAAACAUUGCCUCUGGAAAUUCACUUCAGACACGAAUAGUGAUCCAAGCAGGAGCUGUCCCCAUCUUCAUAGAGCUGCUUAGUUCAGAGUUUGAAGAUGUACAGGAACAGGCAGUAUGGGCUCUUGGCAACAUCGCUGGAGACAGCACCAUGUGCAGAGACUACGUAUUGGACUGUAAUAUCCUGCCCCCUUUGUUGCAAUUGCUUUCAAAACAGAACCGUCUCACUAUGACCCGAAAUGCUGUAUGGGCUCUGUCCAACCUCUGCAGAGGGAAAAAUCCUCCUCCAGAUUUUGCCAAGGUUUCACCUUGUCUAAAUGUGCUUUCCUGGCUGCUUUUUGUCAAUGACACAGAUGUAUUAGCUGAUGCCUGCUGGGCUUUAUCCUAUUUGUCUGAUGGCCCCAAUGAUAAAAUCCAGGCUGUGAUAGAUGCAGGAGUCUGCAGAAGACUUGUGGAGUUGCUGAUGCACAAUGACUACAAAGUUGUGUCUCCUGCCUUACGAGCUGUUGGGAACAUUGUCACAGGCGAUGAUGUCCAGACCCAGGUAAUUCUGAACUGCUCAGCCCUGCAGAGUUUACUGCACUUGCUAAGCAGCCCAAAAGAAUCUAUCAAAAAAGAAGCCUGCUGGACAAUAUCAAACAUAACAGCUGGAAACAGAGCCCAGAUCCAGACAGUCAUAGAUGCCCACAUCUUUCCGGCUCUUAUCAAUAUCUUGCAAACUGCUGAGUUUCGAACAAGGAAGGAAGCUGCUUGGGCGAUCACAAAUGCGACCUCUGGAGGCUCUGCUGAACAGAUCAAGUACUUAGUAGAACUGGGAUGCAUCAAACCACUCUGCGACCUCCUCACAGUAAUGGACUCGAAGAUAGUGCAAGUGGCGCUGAACGGGCUGGAGAACAUCCUGAGGCUGGGAGAGCAGGAGUUCAAAAGCAGCGGCACCGGCAUUAACCCUUACUGCGCUCUCAUUGAGGAGGCCUACGGCCUGGACAAGAUUGAAUUCCUGCAGAGCCAUGAAAAUCAAGAGAUUUAUCAGAAGGCCUUUGAUCUGAUUGAGCACUACUUUGGAACAGAGGAUGAAGACAGCAGCAUUGCCCCGCAGGUGGAUCUCAGCCAGCAGCAAUACAUCUUCCAGCAGUGUGAGGCUCCCAUGGAAGGCUUCCAGCUCUGAAGUGCCCCUUCAGCGUGCGCUUCUCUACCUGUCCAGUCCUGUUGUCGAGCCACAAGCCACCUGUGGAGUGAUUCUCUCACUGUUUUCCAUAGCCCCGUUUGCGCUCAUUUGCUUGCCUCGUGCACAUGCUCCUACAUACGUCUGGAAAACUUCUGGCUCUCCGUGGCAGGAUGCCCCCUCCUUGGCAAAGGGUCACAGAAUCACCCUUCUCCUCUAGCUUCCGGACCUCUCCACUGGUACCUUUGCGGAGUUGAGACACCUUUCUAUACUUUUGAGAUACUCCCUGCUCCUAUUACAGGAAAAGAAUCCCUCCUCCACUGGCCCCCACACUCCUGGCAUCCAAGAUGAGGCUGCCUUUCUCUUGGCUUUGCUGCAGUGUGUACCUGCAGUCCAGGGAGACAUUCAGACUUUGCGAGACCGUGGCUGAAUUCAGUCCCUAUUUUCUCUCCUGAAUGCCUCUCUCCAGAUGGCUGUGUGAGAUGGGUUAAACCUUCACACGCUACGUGUCCACUUAGCUGCAUGUGCCAGCUGGAGUUAUUGGCAUGUAGGACACGUUGCAAACAAUGGAGUAAGUUCUCUGUCCCCUGCAACAAGAGGCUGCAAUGGACCUAUUUUCUGAUUCUGAAGAAUACUGAACACAUCUGGCCCCAUCCCUUUCAACACCAAGCUUCCAAGCGGGAUUGCAGGCCACUGUGGAGAUUUGUAUCACCUUCCUAGGCUUUCCUGUCCAUCCAUCAAUAUGAAAACAAAGAAGAAUCCUGGGAAUAGGUCACUCUUCCUGCAUCCCCAGAAAUGACUUGCCAAACCAGCUUCUCGAAAGGAGAAACUAUCCCUACUUCUGCUUGCCAGCAUGGUAUGAUCCAACUGGACCUUCCUGAAAAAUCAAGGCCUUUUCUGGUUUCAUUCUCCAAAGUCUGGUCCCUUGGUAUUAUAGUUAUGGCUGAAAGCUUCCUCUCUGCCUCAUUACAUUUUUACACGGUGUGACUUGAAAGGAUUUGUCUUCUGGAAAAAAUUCCCUUCUGAAUACAGAAAUUUGUAAAAGGUAGCACAAGGAGCAUUAGGUCUCCUUUUCGUUUUUCACAAGACAAAAGCUUCCACUCCAGCUAACCUGAUAAAAGGGUCGAGCUGGUCAAGCUCCUUAUUUAACAGUUGAAGAGACACUACAUUGAAAGGACAGGAAUAUUAACACCCGGCCCUUCCAUUUCAUUCUUCCCUUUGUGCUGUUGUUGGGACUGGAGGUGAGUUAGCAUGGGACGCGUGGUUCCCGCAGGUGAAUCUCUAGGGCCUUGCUGACUGCAUGGCAGCUGUCAGCUGCAGGCUGCUCUUCUGCUAGCAGCAUGCUCUUGGCUCCGCGACCCGCUUGGCAUCUGCUGCGAAGGCCAGCCGCUCCUCGGCGAGUUCAGCCGAGAUUGGCACCCAGCUCUUGGCGUGAGCGUGGAGAUGCCACGCCCUGGGAAGUGCUGGAUUCUGUUGGACUCUCCAGGCCGUCCGCUCUCCCCACAUCAGGCUGCUUUCUUUCCAGCCACUUCAGAAGUUUGGAACACGCAUUUGUCCUGUGUAAGCAUUUCAGAACCACCACUGACAGCUACAGUGCCCCAUACCUGUGGGAAGCGUCAGUGGCGCUUCGCUCCUCUUUGCAACUCCCCUCAGAGACAAGCCACUGCAAAAGCAAAACCAGCCCACUGGCUACAGAAUCACACAAACCCAAGAAUCACUUGGCAGACUGCUGGAAGAAGCUAGGCAAAGGCCUGACCAUCAGCUCCGUGCGACUGUUACUGAAGUGGUCUUCAGUGCUGUCCGUGCUUCAGGAUGGAAACUCUGACCUGCGUGGCCACUGCAAAAGGCACCUGCUGCUUCCCUACCUAAGACAGCUGGCCUCCACCUUCCCUCUCCCAGUUCUUUUCUCUAGUGCUGCUUUGUGCUGAAGGAACAUUUAGUUUACUGCACUUGAUCUGUAAAUGGACUUUUGAUUCUUUGUAAUUUUAGGGGGUUAAAUUUGAUGGUUAAUUUAAAAAAAAAAACAAACAACAAAAACAACAAAACAAACAAACAAAAAAGGCUUAAAAAAAUCCCACCCCUCAAUGUUGCCUUUUACAUCACAUAUAUAAAUAACUCUGUUUCUCUUUUUUUCUUGAAAGGGUGAUAGAAGCACUGAUGAGGUAGCAAAACUUUUGGGUUUUAGCUUUUUGGUAUAUUCCCCGCCCCCCCCCCCCCCCUUUUGUUUUUUUGUGCUUUUUAUUUCAAUGUGUAAAUUUCCAAUAACAUGGCAUUUCUAGGAGAUUUGUUUAAAAAUCACAGUACCUCUUUCCUGGAUGGUAUCAAAAAAAACCAAACCAACAGCUACAUAUUUUGUAAACCCAAUCUGGACAAGAGUGUGUGUGUGUGUGUGUGUGUGCAUAUAUUCUGUAUAUUCAUAUAUGUAUAUUCUGUGUAUAUAUACACCAGGGGUGUAUAUAUACAUAUAUAUAUACACACACACCCCUAUAUAUACACACACAUGAAGCACCUGUGUGUGUAUAUAUAUAUACAUAUCUAUAUAUCUAUAUAGCUAUAUAUAUAUAUAUAAAAGUGUUUUCUCUUCCAGGCUAGUGAAAACAAUGUGGUGCAUUGGCGUUCCCUUCCCCUGCCCCCCGCCCCUAAGAAAACUAAUGACAAUUGCCUCGAAAUGAGCGAAUUAAAAGCCGAGUCCGUUUCAGCUGCCUGGUGUGCCUUCCUGUGUGAGGAGCUUGGCCAGUGUGUGUUACUUUUGCUGUGGAAAUGUGAAUUCAGAGCAGAUAAGUAUAAACCUUUACACUUCGGUAUCUUUGUUUGAAGUGACGGAUUGGCACAGGGUGAUGUUGUUGUCGUAUAUCCUUAGGCUGUGUAAGGCAUUCUGAGUGAUGCUACGUAACUACUUUGACUGAAAACUAAACCAGUACGCAAGAAAAAAAUCACCAUGGCACACAUUAAAUGGAUUCAAUUGUG